AUGAGUGCAGGUAAGUAUGACGCGUGUCCGUUAGCCAGCUGUAUCCCAAACAUAAGAUAAUAACCGCUUACUGGAAAAGGCAGUUUCUCAAUCCCCACAACGCUCUUCCCAUUUCCCAACGAUUCAUAACCUGCUUUACCGGUCACCCUUUUCACAUUCUCUCUCUUAUUUUCUCUCUUAACUAUUUAUAACAACCAAAUCCCCCACCUCUCUCUAAUAACCCUUUCCCCCAAAUCCCAUUUUCUUUAUUUCUUCUCCAUUUUCAAAAUCACCCAAAUUCAAAUCCCCAUUUUCAAAAACACCACAAUCAAUAACUCAAAACUCAAAAAUGGCGACGAUUACCAGAAAAGAAAUGGAUCGGAUCAAAGGUCCAUGGAGUCCCGAAGAAGACGAUUCCCUACAGAAACUGGUGGAGAAACACGGCCCCAGAAACUGGUCUCUGAUAAGCAAAUCGAUCCCUGGUCGGUCCGGUAAGUCUUGUCGAUUGAGAUGGUGUAAUCAGCUGAGUCCACAGGUGGAACACAGAGCUUUCACGGCUGAAGAAGACGAUACUAUAAUCAGAGCCCACGCUCGAUUCGGUAACAAAUGGGCUACCAUAGCUAGACUCCUCAAUGGAAGAACAGAUAACGCUAUAAAAAAUCACUGGAACUCGACUCUGAAACGAAAGUGUUCAACAAUGUUGGAAGAGACCGACAAUGGUCAUGGCCACGUCAGCGGUGGUGGUGGAGGAGGAGGAAGAGCAGGAGGGUACGAUUGUAAUUAUCCACAGCCUUUGAAGAGAUCGGUUAGUGCCGGGUCGGGUAUUCCGGUUUCAACCGGGCUUUAUAUGAACCACCCGGGUAGUCCUUCUGGAUCAGAUGUGAGCGAUUCCAGCGUACCUACGGUGGGUUGUACUACUCUUUCACCUUCGCACGUGUUUAGACCCGUGCCGAGAACAGGUGGCGUUUUGGUCGAAACGGCGUCGUCUUCUAACAACAACAACAACAAUGAUCCUCCAACUUCGUUGUCUCUUUCUCUUCCCGGCGUUGUUGGAUUCGAUUCUUGUUCUGAGGUUAUGAACUUGUUGCCGGCACCGGUGUUGGCGCCGGCGCCGGUGACGGUGGUUGGUGGUGGUGGUGGUGGUGGUGAAGGUGAGAGUAAUGGGGUUUUUGUGCCGUUUAGUAAGGAAUUAUUGGUGGUUAUGCAGGAGAUGAUUAAGAAGGAAGUGAAGAAUUAUAUGUCUGGAUUGGUUGAACAGAAUGGAGGUUGUGUUCCGCCGCCGCCGUCAUCGACCGCCGUCGAUGGGUUUAGGAACGUUGCAGUGAAGAGAAUUGGGGUUAGCAAGAUCGAGUAGUAGUUUAGGGAAGGGGGUUGGUUAGUAGUGGCUGUUUGGAUACCGAGAAAAUGGAAAAGAAAAUCAUGAAAGGAGAAAUCUUUGGUUGGAUUUUGAACAGAGUUAGUUGUUUAGUAGUAUAAGGGAGAAGAGAAAAAUUGCCUGUUUUUUUUUUUUUUUUUUUAAUUUUAAUAUUUAGGAAAUAAUUUUGGUUAAUGUACAGAGAAAUGGAAAUGAAAAAAAAAAAAGAAAAUGAGAGAAAGUGAAAGAGAAAAUGAGAGAAAAAUAUGGUGAGUUGAGUUAAAGCUCGAAAUUGGAGUUUGAGUAAUGGAAAAGUAAAGUUUAAAGAAAAGGGUAUAAGAAAAAGAUGAACUUUGAUGAAGUUUGAUGAUGAGAGAAAGUGAAAUUUGAGAGUUUUUUAGGUUUAAAAACUCCAUUAACUUUUGUUUAAUCUAUAUCUAUCUAAUGAUGAUGGAUAUGGCCUUUGUUUAUUUUUUUCA